CUUAAUGACGGCUUUCUAUGAAGGCCUAAAUGAAAACUCACGGAUAUUGUUGGAUGCCUCAGCGGGCGGAUCAUUCAUGAGCCUUGAACUUGACGAAGCUGAAGAACUCAUUGAGCGGAUCUCAACAAACGGAUCCACUUGGUACUCUGACCGUCCAUCCGCUCAACCAAAAAAUGGAGGCAUGUACGAAGUUGAUCAAAUGUCGGCCAUGGCUGCUAAGGUCGAUAGCAUGAAGAGCAUGAUCCAAAAGAUUGCUCAAGUCUCUGCUGUGCAAAACACUACGCCAGCACCGCCUCCUGUUCCUGUUCUCAUGUGUGUAUCCUGUGGUGGACAACAUGAUCAAUCCACAUGUCCAUGGGAUGCAAUGGAGCAAGUUGAUUAUGACAACUACAACCGGCCGCAGCAACAACAAAAUCCAUUUGGCGGAUUUAAUUCUCAAAAUAGAAAUCAUCCUGGUUUCUCUUGGAGCAAUCCCAGUGGAGCUGCCAAUCCACAAGCUUAUCGGAGUUCAUCACCCGGCUUUCAAAAUCAACAGCAACAACAAUUUAGAGGUGGCCAAGGUUUUGCUAACAAUCAACAGUUUAAGCAAAACCAAAGCUUCCCCUAUGUUCCAAAUCAACAAAAGCCGAUCCUGUCAAGUCUUGAAACACCAUCGGCUCCCGGCUUGGAUAACAUUGUUGAUCAGCUACUCAAAUCUCAACUAGCCCAAGCCGAAACCUUAAACAAGAUUUCUGAAGAGCUUACUCAACUUCGAGCUCACAAUAGGAUGCUUGAAAAUCAAAUCUCUAGUCAAGCAUCAACAUCCUCAACAAAGGUGACUGGAAAAAGUCCAGCUCGUCCUGAGAAUCCAAGAGAAAAAAUGAAUGCUAUCACUACUCGGAGUGGGAAACAACUUCAAUCUCCAUCUCUUCCGAGUAGUGAGCCCGAUGAAGAAAUAAGGGAGGAUGCCAAGGAAGAAGCUCAGAACAAAGUCAAAGAAGAUGCUGCUGAAAUGCUGCCGGAGUCAAUUCAGAUCAAAGAAGGAAAGAAGAAAGAAGAUGAGGGUUUGAUAAGGAAAUAUGCUCCACCAAUUCCUUUUCCAAACCGACUCAAGAAAUCACAUAUUGAGGAACGAAGAACCAAGUUCUUGAACCGUAUCAAGCAAUUGGAUAUCUCUAUUCCUUUGCUUGAUGCUAUCACUGAAAUUCCUUCAUAUGCCAAAUUUCUUAAGGAGAUCUUAACAAAGAAGAAGGAAAAUCCUCUCACUGUGGCCAUGAACAUUUUGAGGUCAUUUGGAUGCAUUGAAGAUAAUUGCAAGGACGGAAAAUAAACAUUGAUGUUUGGGACCAAAAUAAAUGGAAGAAAUUUGAAGGAAUGAAGGAAUUAAACAAAAACACGGGAAUCAAACACGGGAUCACGCGGCACAACAAUCAUCCCGAAUUCCAUGUGCGCUCCUGUGCUUGUGUUGACUAAAGUGGGACUGUUUGU